AUGGGUAAAAGGAGGUCCCAUUCGGGUCUCCCUACGAGUCUCAUCUCACCUCUUGAUCCGGCCGUGGUGUCUGCUUCAUGGCGGUCACCACCGCCUCGCCGUCGUUUGCGUUCUGUCAACUUCUCACGGAAAGACGAGAAUGUGGCCUUCUUCCCGCACGAUACUGUGGAGACCCUGCACCAUCUGCUGCGCAAUAAACAGAGAAAUGCCCGUCGGUCCGAGCGUCGACGCCGAAAUAACAGUUACACAGCACCCAGUCUCCUUCCAACGAAUACCGAACCUUCCACGGUCACUUCGAUGAACCACAAACAACGCCGGCUGCUGGCUCGUCAACAAAAACGACUACAGGAAGAACAGACCAAGCAAGCAUCUGCUACCGUAAACGAGGAAAUGACGCUGUCUCCAUCCUCCCCUUCCCCAUCAUUGCCUUCAUCACAACCUUCCCUGUCCUCGUCCGUGCCAGCGGAAUCGGCAGACUCUCCUCUCGUUAGCAAGGCGGAUAAUGCCGACCCCACACCGACCGAACCUGAGACUUCACUCCCGGAAACCUUAAAAUCAGAUAUGAGCACCUCCCAGAACGGGAUGCGAUCGAACAGCAAUGAUGCGAUCUGCAGGUGGCAGGAUCUGCCUGGGGCUAAGAAUCUGCUUCACUCCACCAGCACGGCGCAUCCAUCCAGUCCACGGUCUGGUUUGAAUCUACAUAUCACAAAGUGCCCCGUCUCACUAAACGCAGAUACCAUCUUCGAACUGGAGGACGAUUGUUGA